CCGUAUUGCUUAAAAUUCCUAAAAAUUCCUGCACUUAAAAUAAGAUAAAUAUACAUUAAAUUGGGAGUUAGAGAAAAAGAAAGCAAAAAUCCUAAAUUCUAAGUGCAAAAACGGCAACGCGAACAGAUCUACUAACUCGAUACAAGAUGGCAGAAUUAUCGUGCAUCUGACUAUCGAAUUCCUCACUAUAAUUUUAUAGUUAAUGGUCAAUAUAUAGAAAAGUGACGUUGAUUGACGUUUGAAGUGACGUUUCCGUGGACAGAUCAAUGUUAUGGAACACGAAAUAAAAGUAACUCAAAAGCAUAAAUACAUCCAUAUAUAAAACACACAUGAAAUGAGUGAAUAUAUUAAAUAGCAACAAAUAAGCAUAAAUCAAGCAUAAAAUAAAAAUUUUUAUACAGUGUAUUCAUGUAACUUCUUAGUGAUUAACUUCAAUUCAUUCUCACAACAAUGACGUGUUACGAGAAGACGUAAACAAUACCAACAAAUAUCGAUACUUUCGUAAAAUCUGCAAAAAAUAGCUUGAGAAUAUAUCAAAUGCUAUUAAAUUUAUUAAACACAUUGAAUGUACUGUAAUUAAACACUUAAAUGUUCUGAUAUUUCGCAAAAGUGUUUUAUAUUGAUUUUCCUAACCAUUACAGACUUCAAUAAAAUUUGCAAAACUUGUGAUCCACAAAGACACUUCUGUUUCCUGAAGUUCCGUAAGGUUUAAAAGAUCUGAGAAUGGGGUCCGAGCAAAGCUCUCAGAAUAGUAACCAAGGUGCCAACAGUGGAAAAACAAGGACGAGUCAACUCAGACGUGGCAAAAGCGUUCCAAAUCGUGAGAGAGUGCCAGAGGAUACUCCACCAAGGUGUAUCAGUCCUGGCGCCAGCAUUUGUUCUGAUUCCGACCUGCCGUAUAUUUCUUAUACAGUGAAUCGACCUAUCGGAGAUUCACCAAAGAUGACGAACAAACAAUCACAACUCUACAGAGGGAAGAGUAUUGGAGCUGGGGAAUUUUCGAGGCGGAAAAACAGCCCAGGCACAACAAAUCACAAUCACAGGAAAAUGAAUACGGACAACAGGGCACACAAUAUCGUAGUGGUGAAGCCAGCUCAAGCAGACCCUACAGCAGACAAGGAUCCUGACAUAGUGAAACUACAGAGUAUCCCGAUGUUCCUGCCGAUCAUGCGUGGCACGUUGAACCUACCACCGGGUGUACGCGAUCCAGAGGUCCUGGAGAGGCUUGAUCCUGUCGGUCUGUUCAAUCUGUGCGCGCGUUAUCAACAUCAUCUCAAUACGAAUGCGCAGAUAAUAGCAGCCGAGCAAGCCACUUUGUGUACCAAUAUGGAAGUGGAAUUUGGCAAAGUGCUGAAUCUCGCUGUGGAUCGACAGAAGAGAUUCGCUAGGUUCGCGGAGCAGAUGAACAAAGUGCACGAUCUCAGCCGUCAGCUCACUAGAUGCCAUUCGCUCCUCAAUCAAACCCUCGAGAGCCUCGAAACGCUUAACAAUCUGUUGCCAGUAGAAGAGAGGCUCGAGCCCUUCGUCUGGACCACAGGCUAAAUACAUCCGAAUUAUAGAAGGAAUUUCAUCGCUCUUAUUUUUUAGCAAGAAACUUGGAUUCGAUAAAAUGUUCGUGUUCUUUCGCAAAGAAAUUAUUAUUAAGAGAUACAAAAAGCUUCGGGACAUUAUCUAACUUCAAGAAACUUCAAUUAAUUUCGUUAUAAGAGUUUUAUCCUUCAUAUUCGACUCACAUUCAACAUAUAAUCGUAACGCAAUAAAAUCAGGAAAAUAAAUUUAAAAAAGAAACAAUCAAAUAUAUGCUUUAUUGAAACACAA